ACGGUGUUUACUUUGCCCCAGAGUUGUGUUCUGUGGGAUUGUGCAAAGUCUGGGAACAGUGAGGGCAUUAGGACCAGGAGCGAGGCGCACGCUUGGCUCCCGAUGUGUCUGGCAGAGGGCUCUCAGCUGAGCUCGGAGCUAUGUGUGAAAGGAAAUCAGGCGCUGCCUGCGGCUUCACAUCUGUUGAUCUGACCUGACUUGAAGUGUCCAAAGGAGGACGACUGUCAGCUCUGAUGGAAUGAGGACCUACCAGCUCCCCUCAAGACAUCGCAUAGCAACCUGACCAUUCAUGUGAGCGCAUGUGGUGGGGGGGAGACGAAACACAUGAGACCAAACACCUGAGCAGAAUGGAAUAAUUUUUUCCCCCAAGGAGAUAAAGAGGGUAAAAGGGGCAAAACGAUUCCAUUUGAAGACCCCGUGAAUGGGCUUUCAGAAGGCAAUUACAGAAAUCCACUCAGAGAGGGAGGAACCAGUGUGGGACCUGGGUCCCGUGGCUUCCUGAUUGUGAGUAGUCAGUCCUGCACAUGCUGUUGGCAAAUGCCAGAUGGAAAAAAAGGAGCAGGUUAAGUGACCAGCGAGAAACUUCCAGGUGGAUCUAGGAAGCCAGGUUCUCCUGCAAGCCUGAAGGAACCUGGAGCUGGAGGAGGACGCAAACUUGAAUAUGACCUGUUGCACUUGGCAAGUUCCAGCAACAUGCUCCUAAGGAAGCGAUGCCGGCAUGGACCGAGCAGACUGCCAUUCCUGCUGCUCUUGCUGAUGCUGGGGUGCGUGCUGCUGAUGGUGGCCGUGCUGCUCCCUCCCCCGCAUGCCCCACACCCUGCGGUCACAGCCCAGGCCACCCAGCGCAGCCCAGAUGCUGGGUAUCGCCUGGACUUUGGGGAAUCCCAGGAAUGGGUGCUGGAGGCCGAGGAUGAGGGCCAAGAGUACAGCCCCCUGGAGGGCCUGCCCCCCUUUAUCUCUCUGAGGGAGGAUCAGCUCCUGGUGGCCGUGGCCUCACCCAGGGCCAGAAGGAACAAGACCCAGAGCAGGAGAGGUGGCAGCUACCGGCUCAUCAAACAGCCAAGCAGAAGGCAGGAUGAAGAGGCUCCUCCAGAGAGAGACUGGGCCGCGGAGGAGGAAGAUGGGGCAGCAUCUGAAGAUGAGCUGACCCCACGCAGCCUGGAGGAGGCGUUCAGUGCCCGUAUCCCCCUGCAGAGGGCGCUGCCUGAGGUACGGCAUCCACUGUGUCUGCAGCAGCACCAUGGAGACAGCCUGCCCACCGCCAGCAUCAUCCUCUGUUUCCACGACGAGGCCUGGUCCACCCUCCUGAGGACCGUGCAGAGCAUCCUUGACACAGUGCCCAGGGCCUUUCUGAAGGAGAUCAUCUUGGUGGACGACCUCAGUCAGCAAGGACAACUCAAGUCUUCUCUCAGCGAGUAUGUGGCCAGGCUGGAGGGGGUGAAGUUGCUCAGAAGCAACAGGAGGCUGGGGGCCAUUGGGGCCCGGAUGCUGGGGGCCACCAGGGCCACUGGGGAUGUGCUGGUCUUCAUGGAUUCCCACUGUGAGUGCCACCCGGGCUGGCUGGAGCCCCUCCUCAGCAGAAUAGCUGGUGACAGGAGCCGAGUGGUGUCUCCUGUCAUAGAUGUAAUUGACUGGAAGACCUUCCAGUAUUACCCCUCCAAGGACCUGCAGCGUGGGGUGUUGGACUGGAAGCUGGAUUUCCACUGGGAGCCUCUGCCGGAGCGAGACAGGAAGGCCCUCCAAUCCCCCAUUAGCCCCAUCAGGAGCCCCGUGGUGCCCAGCGGGGUUGUGGCCAUCGACAGACAUUACUUCCAAAACACUGGAGCGUAUGACCCUCUCAUGUCUCUGCAGGGUGGCGAAAACCUCGAGCUGUCUCUCAAGGUCUGGCUCUGUGGUGGCUCCGUUGAAAUCCUCCCCUGCUCUCGGGUGGGACACAUCUACCGGAAUCGGGAAACCCACUCCCCCGUUGAUCAGGGGGCCACUCUGCGGAACAAGGUUCGCAUUGCUGAGACUUGGCUGGGCUCUUUCAAAGAGACCUUCUACAGGCAGAGCCCAGAGGCCUUCUCCUUGAGCAAGACCGAGAAGCCAGACUGCACAGAACGCCUGCAGCUGCAAAGGAGGCUGGGCUGUCGGAUGUUCCACUGGUUUCUGGCCAACAUCUACCCUGAGCUGUACCCAUCGGAGUGCAGGCCCAGGUUCUCUGGAAAGCUCCACAACACUGGACUUGGCUUCUGUGUAGAUUGCCAGGCGGAAGGGGACAUCCUGGGCUGCGCCAUGAGGCUAGCUCCUUGCAGUGACAGCCGGCAGCAGCAGCACCUCAAGCACACCAGCAGGAAGGGGAUCCACUUUGGCAGCCCACAGCACCUGUGCUUUGCUGUCAGGCAAGAGCAGGUGAUUCUUCAGAACUGCACAGAGGAAGGCCCUGACAUCCAUCAACAGUACUGGGACUUCCAAGAGAAUGGAAUGAUUGUCCACAUUCUUUCUGGGAAAUGCAUGGAAGCUGUGGUGCAGGAAAACAGUAAAGAUUUGUACCUGCGCCAGUGUGAUGGAAAAGCCAGCCAGCUGUGGCGAUUUGACAAUGUCAGCAGUGUGGAUAAAUGAUGAAUGCCAGUGUCAGAGGGAAUAGAGAAGCUGAGUCAUCACAAUUCGGCCCCAAGAGAGUUACAAGAGCAUGUAUAUUUCAUGAAGCAGAUCCUUUUGUGUUUGUACUCCUGGUGAUAGUAGAGAAGAAAGCUCUGUGAAUGAAUAUAGAAAGUCUUUCCUUCUUGCACCUUAUUGCAUUGACUGCUGGCUGUUUUAGAAAAAGAAAAAAGAGGAUUCAUUGUCUCAUUGUCUUCAUCACUGGUAGAUGGUCAUUACAUAGUACAUAAGAUUUUUUUUUCUAUUGAGCACUUGAUAAUUGCUUUUAUCUCUCAUAAAGGAAAGAGGCAUGGACAGUCUCAGGUAACACCUCCAAGGAUACAUAAAUCCAAUCGAUAAAUUUUUUGCAAAUAGCCUUACUUUGGAUCAUCUGUGUAGCCAACAAUGAAAAUUAAAGUGUGAAGAGGUUGUAAAGGCCUGAAGUUUCCAGAAUUUUGGAUUAAGCUCAUUAGGACAAAUUCCAUGUUCACUGGCUAAGCCAUAGAAGAAGGAAGAGAAGCCACUGAGCAAAGAAUUGGGUUGAAGAGAGAUGGAAGAGCUUUGACUUAAUUUUCCAGCUCAGCCUGGCAGCUGGAAAGAGCCAGCGGACCUGGAAUAGGAUGUUUUCAUAUAAAUGAGAAUUUCCUCCAUACUUUCUACCUCCAUUAACCCUGCCCUAGCCCUUCUUUACCUUGGUUAACCCCAACCAGAAUCUUGUGCAAUGUAUUUCUCUUUAGUCGUUGGUAUUGGAAGGGUCAGCUCAGACUGAGCAUUCCCAAUAACGAAGUUGAGAAACUCUCCUGAUGCCCGGUUAUAGGGUUUGCAUGGACUGGAUCAGAAAUAGCAACCUCCACAAAAAGGCAAGCUUGCUAGUAGGGAAAUGCCUGCAUUUGAGCCAAAAUUCAUAUGAAAGGAACCAGAGUUGGGUAUUAAUGUCCAUUAGGACUAACGUGGCCAUUUCUUAGCCUGGGACCCCCAUAUGUGCCUGCGGGUUGAAUGAUCACAGCUGGGCAAGGAACAUGAACAUGCCUCCAAUAGAGCAGAUCCAGUGCUAGCAAGACCUGAAUGGCUCUCCUUGCUGUGACCUGGCCUACCUAGUUCGGACAUAAGGAGCUGUUGAGUGGGCUUGGUUCUGCUGUUAGGAAGACACCAUUUAUGCCUAUUUCUCCUCCGAGGAGAGUUCGCUCUCCCUAGGGUCAGCUUAGAAACCUCCCUUCAAAGAUCUUGAUCUCCUCUGGGCUAUCUCAGAAGUCAGUGUGUUUCAAAAAAGAAAAACUAGGUAGGACAUGAUGGUUACUAAACAAUGCCUAUUAUAAUUAUGUAUUCUUUUUCCAUCAGCUUAAGUCAAUGGCCCACUGCAUUUCUCCUUCCUCAGAAUGCACUCCAGACUUGUGCUGUCCACAGUAGCCAUUAGCCGCAUGUGGCUAUUUAAAUGUAAAUUCAUUAAAAAUAAAAAAAUUAGACUCAGUUCUUCAGUUGUACUGGUCACAUGUCUAGGGCUUAAUAGCUGCCCAUGCCUAGUGACUACUGUACUGGAGAGCACAGACAUAGAACAUUCUAUCACAGCAGAUAGUUCUAUUGGACAGUGCUGAUCUGGAUAGACUGAUCAUCCCAUUGAGAGAAGAGAUUUUAGCCACUGUCUUCUUCCUUCAGACAUGUUUAUAUUUAAAACAAAUUCCUCUAACAUCCUGAGGCUGAGAUGGAGCUAAAAAUUCUCAGACAGCAACCUUGUAAAUGGUAUUAAUAGUUGCAAACUAAAAAUUAAACAAGACCUCUAUUUUUUUAAAUAAACUUAAUUAUUGGCAUUGUGAGUAUUUGAAGUUGCUGGAAUAAAUUAAUAUAAUUAAAUAAAAGGCUGAAUUCAAUUGUC